UCAAAAACAAUCAGCUCAUGUCAUAAAGUUGUUGUUGUUGUUGGGUAAUAUUUUAGCGCACUGUAUGAUGUCGUGAUAUUGAGAUGGAUAUAAUAUAACCUUAUGCUAAAUUAAAUGUGCGCAUGGUGCUAUACAUUGGUUAGCCAUGGCUUAGGCAUUAUUGAUGACAGCAUGUAAACACAAUCCAUACUCUUCAGAUGUGUGUUUGUUUAUGUGUAGUGUAGUUUAGUUAUCAAUUCUGUACCGAUUUAUCUUUCUCUUUUUCAACAGGUUCUUAAAUUCAAUGUUUCAACUAAUAAUUAGUAGCUGACUACAAAAGGCACUUUUAAGAGCCACGUUUGUAUUGUCAUUUUCCCUGUUCUCGUUUUUGUAUUGUUCUCUCUCCCUAUCUAUUCUCCCCUCUCUUCUCUUAGUGGUGUGUUUGUCCCUGUGCUCUUUUGUUUGUUCUGUGCGCCAUGUCAGAUCCUAAGCUGAACCAGCUCUUGGACGAGAUCAACAGUCUUGUCAACCAGGCAGAAGACAUGGAUGAACUCCAAAGGCUGCAUGAGGUCAUCAGCAUGCAACAAGAGGCAUCAUCCAUCCAGCCUCCAACUGGCAAGUGGAUUAAGAGUUACAGUGAAGGGAACAUUGUUUAUGGGAGGCCAAGAUUCUCCAGAAAGGAAGCAGCUGGUCUUAGCCACAGACAAACUGGAAGGACCGAUGGUUCCCUUUCCAGUGCUCUGGAAACCAGUGUGGAAAUGACUGAUGACUUUUCUCACAUAAACGCUGAGACUUUCCUUCAAGAGCUAAAGCGCUCACUGGGUGAAGAUUUAGAUGACCAAGAAACACCGCAAGCCUCCAGUGAUUGGUCAGUAAGAAAAAGUCUUGUCUCAGGGUGGUGGGAGAAAGUGAGACCCCGGUUGGUGGAAAAAAUGGUGGCUAAGCAGCAUGUGGCAAGUCCAGUCUGCCAGAAAUGUUACCUCAGUCCAGCUAUGAUCCACUGUUGUGACUGUCGACCACACCCCUUCCUCUGUGCCCGUUGUGACAUCAGCAUCCACAAGGCUCAAGUCUUCCACAACAGGGACUCAAUUACAGACGGUUUCUUUCAGCCAUUGCCUCCGACAUCCUGUUAUGUGGAGAAGGUUCUUACCCAGUGUGUGUGUCUUGUACCCUUGGAGAUGCCAGGGACAAUAUGUAGCUGUCCUCAGAGUUUAAGUGUCAUAACUGGAAAACCCAUUUCUGUGGUUACAAUGAAUGGCCGAUAUGAUCUCAACUUGCCAGAGUUGAAAUGUGAGGUAUGCCAAGCCACAUGGAGUGCUGGCGUGGAUGAGCUGGUCCAUAAUGACUACUGGCCUGCUACUUCUCAAAUUUCCACAGUGUAUGCUACAGACAUCCUAUUUUCCUUUGAGGAGUUGAAGAUGGCAGCACCUGGGAUGUCCAGCCAAGCAUUUCUUAGAAUGCUAGAUCAACGAACUGUCCGCUUUGGCCGUACUGGAAAGAUCAUAGCAGACAGCUUCAGAAAAAGCUUUUUGGAGUGGGAGGCUGUCCAUUUUGAAGUGGACAAAGUCAUUCGGGAAGACCACUUUAACUGCCCAGCAUGCACCCCAAACAUGCUUGCAGUCUCUGUUGAUGGGAACCGUAAGCACUAUAGAUUCAAGAGUGCAGCAAGAUCAGAGGAACAGGCCAUCUUUAAUGGUGUCUUCAUAGCCAAGGACGAUGAUGUAGCAAGAUUCGUGGACUAUGUCCAUUCCUUGACCAACCACAUCUCUGGAAGAGGUGUCUGUGGGAGACAGUGGUCAGCGGCACGAGAAACAUCACAGAAGUCUUCCAGCAAAAUAGAUGAGGAGGGCCUAGAACUUGCCGUUUGUCGGCAUGGUGUUCUUCUUUGUGCCCUUAAUAUGUUCAGGGGGGAGGUUUUUGCUUACCCUCUGUACCUCCAGAAAAAAAUGGCUUGUAAGCCAGUGAAAUUCUUUGCUAUGGAUGUUGCGUGCAAGUAUUGGCCUUACCUCAAAAGAGUGAGUGAGAGAUGCCCUGAGCUUCAGGAUCUGCUCUCAAUGAAGCCGUUUCUUUCAGUGUUUCAUGCUAAAGCCCACGACUUCAAAUGCGAGGUAAAAUGGAGUGGGGCGUACCAGGAGGGGGCUGGUUUGACUCUUGGGGAGGAGGUGGAGCAGUGUAAUGCCUUCCUUUCAAGAAUUGCUGUUACCACAAAGCACAUGGCAAAAGCAGGUAAGGUAACCACACUGCACUAG